GUUAUCUCCCCUGACCUAUAAAAUAUUGUCUCGUCCGAUGUCUGGAUGACAGUUUUAUAAGUAAAAUGGAAUGUGGUUAAGUGUUUAAAAAAUGCACGAGUUGUUUGCCCAAGUGUUGAAUAAGAAGGAUCUGUCAAAGGCAGGUGACCUUUUCUCCCUCGAUGACCGCGCUAUCAAGGGGGACCUUAUCAGUGUCCUUCAGAAGAUUGGAGAAAUAAUUGACAACAAAGACUAUGCUUCUAACGACAAUGACCAGAGUGUAGUGGAAAUAUGUGUUACCAGGGUUACAACAGCCAUCAGGGAGACUGAGAGUAUUGAGGAGCAUGCCAUUGCCCUAGUACGCCUGUUGGAGCUAUGUCAGAAACACAACUUGAACCCGUCCUCUCAGGAGAAGGAUCCUCCCCAUGCCAAGAUCGCCUCCGACAUCAUGAGCUGCCUCUUUAUGCACUACGGCAAGGGGAAGGUAAUGAUCCUAGCUAUUCCUGUGGUUGUGAACUUUCUAUGCUGUAAUAACAAGGAGCUGGGACGCAAUGUGUCCAGUUACCUGUCUCUGGCUGCACUGGACAACGCUGACCUCCUGGCACGUCACAUGGACCUCAUCCUCAACAGCAUGCUCAGGGGUAACUACAUUCUGAGUACCGUGCUCCCCCAGAUAUUUACCCAGUGUCGACAGGCAGUCAUUGAUCAGACUGAUCGCUUGGUCAAGAUUAUAGACAAGUGUGAGCCAUCAGAGAGGCUUAGUCUCUUCCAGGUGUUUGGGAUGAUAGCCAAGACUGACACUAAAGUGCUUGAAAAGCAUGUUCCAAAAUUUGUAAAAUAUCUGUCCUCAAAUACCUUGUCGCCCAUGAUUUUGUGCCUGUUUGUUGACAUGGCAACAGCCAGUCCACUCAUCUUUGUCGAUCAUGUGUCCACUCUACAGAAGGUUGCCGAGCAACAACCAACAUACAUAGUACAAGUCAUACAGAUCAUGGGCACCCUAGCAACCAUUAACAAGGACUACGCCAGGAAGAGCAUGGAUUAUUUUGUGUCUCAGUUCGGUAGUGCGGACCAGACGGCUCUAACUGUUAUUUUACAGGAGAUUAAGGCACUCAGCUUAAACAACCAUGAUCUCUUGGCUUUGAAUCUCGAAGAAAUCUCAAAAUUGUCUCAAAAUGGAUCCAGUGCUGUCCGGAUUCUUGUCCAGCAACUAAAGGAGGAUAACAAUAAAUACUCAUCGCCUACUCCAACAGAGCCUACUAAACAGACAAGAUCGGUGUCGAGCCAGACGGAGGGAACUGUCACCAUCAUCACUGUGGGCAAUCCUCCAAACGCUGCCUACCCUAGUGGGGCGGUGGCUAUUCGCCACACAGCACUACCACCCAGUAACAUGUCCAGCCAGCAGAGUCUGGCUAAAUCAUCACGGGCUAGUGCUUCCCAAGCACGUCUACCUAUGGAUCGGCCGGUCAGUCCACUGUCCAGUCAGUUCUCAGACCGCAUAUCAAUGACCAGUGCAAUGACAUAUGGCAGUACACAGACUGGUCCUCCUUUACCUCCAGAACCUCUGCGUGAUGGGGUCCAGAACUUCUGUGAGAAACACAUGCCCAUCAUACGGAAUUUUAUAGAGAGUAUGUCCGUGCGUAUCCCUCUGCCUUCUAAGUGCAGCAUAAUCAAUGGGCGCCACAAGCGGUACAUUAGACUCAACUUCCUGUGUGGGGGUCAAGGUGACCAAUGUCUCUAUGGUAACACCUAUUUCUCUCUCAACACCAAAGUACCCAAAACCUGGAUCCAUGUCAUGUUCCUGGCUGUACAGGCCCAGUCUACCUCAGCGCUGAACCAGAAUGAUGGGAGUAUCCAGUCAUUAAGGAGCUGCUGGGACAGUCUUUGGGGAGAACGGAGCAAUUUCCUCACUCUUGUCACUUCCUCAUUCCCUUCCCCUAAGGACCAAGAUAUCCUACUGCAGGAACUGCAAAGCUCUCGGUUCUUUGAUGUAUUUGAGUUCAAUGCUGCCAAGAAGUAUUGGGCCUGUUUUAUGUGCAAUCACCCUGAGAAGACGUUAGAACUGCUACAGAAUGGCAACCCUGUGAUAGCUGGACAACUGAAAGAGAAGAAAGGAAGAUGGAAGUUUUUGAAACGUUGGAAGACCAGAUACUUUACAUUGUCAGGGGCACAGAUCACUUACAACAAGAGUCACUCUAGAAAAGAAACACUUCCAGUCAGCAAGAUUCAGAGUGUUAAAGCUGUUCGUAAGGGUGUCAGAGACAUUCCAAAAGCCUUCGAGAUAUUCACGGGCGAUCAAACCUAUAUGUUCAAGGCCAAAGGACAACAGAACAUAGAACAAUGGGUUCAGUGUCUACACAUCGCAGUGGCACGAGUUCAGACGACAGACAAGGACAAAACCGUGAAAACUAAGGAAAGUGGGACAGAUGUUAUGGGUAACAGUUCAGUGCCAGUCGCUAACACUGGUGAAGUUAGUCCCCAAAAUAAUGUUGUUAUUGAGCGUCCACGCUCUGUGAUGGAUACUAAGUUAUAGCAAUUACAGUAAAACCUAGGGAGGCUUUGGUUGAGUGACUCUCCCUAGAGAGGCUUUGGUUGAGCGACCCUCUCUUAAGAGGUUUUGGUUGAGUGACUCUCCCUAGAGGCUUUGGUUGAGCGACUCUUCCUAGAGAUGCUUUGCCGCUUUGGUUAAGCAAACUAACUAGAGAGGCUUUGGUCGAGUGACCCUCUCUAGAGAGACUUCUGAUGGUUGACCCAGGUACCUAAGGAGGCAUUUUUGUGUGAAUUAUAUAUCUAGGCAGCCAGAUUCCUAGGUAGGUUUGGUUUCCAUAGACCAGAUUCCUAGGUAGGUUUGGUUUCCAUAGACCAGAUUCCUAGGUAGGUUUGGUUUCCAUAGACCAGAUUCCUAGGGAGAGUUUGGUUGAAAAAACUAGAUUACUAUAUGAUAUAUAUACGCACGUGGGAUUGUUUGUUUUAACGACUGCAGUGAUACCUAGAAAAGGUUUGUUUAAGCAACCUAGAUACAUAGGGAGGUUUUGGUAGAGUGGCCAAUGCUGGGGAGAUUUUGUUUUAGCAACUUAGAUACCUAGGGAGUUUAUUAGUGAGGGAAGUUUUGGUUGAAUGACCUUCACUACGAAGGCUUUAGCCAAAUGACCCAGAUACCAAGAAAGUUAUAGUGCUGAAGUACCUGGUGAGGGUUUGGUUGAGUGACCUGGAAACCUAUGCAGAGUUUGAGAGAGUGACAAUUUACCUAGAGAGAUUGAAAUCUAGGGAGGAUGUGGUGGAGGGGCCAAGAUAGCUAGACGUCAGAUGUGAAACUUCAAGUGUUCAAUUGAUGGACCAGGAAAUGUAGAUCCAGUCUGGUUUAGCAGCUUAAGUCUGCCUCACGUUCAGGUUUAGUGUCUAGUUAUUCUACAUUUAGUUUGACUUAGCAACUAAUCACCCAUUCACCCCUGAAAUUUCACACUGAAUUAUUCCAACCUUUGAAUUGGAAGAUUUCAAAUUUGUCUUCAGG